AUGGCUGCUCCCUACGCUAAGAGGGGCGCUACCCCUGCUGGUAGGGGAGGGACUGCCGCUGUGCUGGUGGCGCUUCUCAUUGCAUCCCUGGUGGGCACGGGGCCUGACCCGGUGGCUGCGGCAGGCACGGCUGCUGAAGUCUCACACCGGCGAGCUCUGCGCCAACAACAGCCGCCGCCGAGCGCACAGGCGACGUCGCAGGCCUCAGCCUCCUCAAACGCCGGCCAGGCGGUAGCGGAUGCGCGGUCCUUCGCGCAGGUUGCCGGAUCAGGCAACGCCCAGGCGCUUUCCCAGGCUAUCGUUGGUGCCGACGGUGGUAGUGGAGGCGCAGCAGCGCAAGGACUUGCCAACGCCGCGGCACAGGGAGGAGUGGCGCAGAACACUGCGGCACAGGCCAUCGCUCAGGCGUCCGCCGAGUCCCAGGGAGCCGCCGCCAACACGGUGGCUAACGCGCUGGCGGCUGCCCAGGGUCAGGGCAGCUCGCAGGCCCUGGCGCAGGCACUGGCCCAGGCCGCCUCGCAGAGCCCCAACGCCCAGCAGGCCGUGGCGGAAGCGAUUGCAAAGGCUGUGAGCUCCGGAACCGGUUCUCAGGCUGCGGCUCAGGCGCUGGCGCAGGCAGCUGCCUCGGGAGGUGGCUCGGCUAAGGCGGCUGCGGAGGCCAUUUCCAAGGCCGCCGCCAGCUCCCCCUCGGCCGCCGCCACCGCCAUCGCCCAGGCCCUCUCCCAGGCUCAGCAGACGGGGGGCGCGGGUCAGGUGCAGGGAGUGAGUAACGCCCUGACGCAGGCCGUACAACAGGGAGGUCCAACCACCGCAACCGCAGUGGCGCAGGCGUUUGCGCAGGCGGUAUCUGCCGGCAACACCAACACCGUCGCCAAUGCCAUCGCCAGCGCCGCCGCCUCCGGGGGAUCGUCCGCCACAGCUCUAGCACAGGUGUUGGCAGCGGGUUAUGCUGCGGGCAGCGGCACCACCACCGCCAUCGCUCAGGCUCUAGCUCAGGCAUAUAGCCAGAACCCCAGCGCGGUGUCCAGUGCCAUCGCCCAGGCUCUGGUCCAGUCUAACGGCAAUAGCGGCGCCGUAGCGGGGGCGGGUGCGGCUGCAGCUGCCGCCCUGGCCAGCGGCACCUCUUCCGGGCUGGGCGCUGCGUACGCUCAGGCCCUGGCUCAGGCGGUUGCCAGUUCGGGAUGUGGAGGGGUGGCCAACUUCCUGGCAGCUGCCCAAGCCUCCGCCGCCUCGUCCGGUACCGGUCAGGCCGUGGCUCAGGCCCUGGCGCAGUCUUCUGCGGUGGCGCAGUGCGCCCCUCAGUCGGGGGGCAGCGCCAAUGCCAACGCCAAUGCAGUCGCGCAGGCAGUUGCCGGUCUGGGCAGCGCACUUUCGGGUUGA